AUGGCACCAAUCAGACUAGAGCUCAGAAGGAAGAAUUUUCCUCUACUAAAGAGGAAGAGUUUUUUGCUGGUGAAACUCAUAGCUGUUGCCUUUGCUAUCUUCGUAUUUUGUGAAUUUUUAAUCUAUUACUUAGUGAUCUUCCAGUGUAACUGGCCCGAGUUGAAAACCCCGGUACAUGAUAAGGGUCAAUGGAUUCCUGAGCCUGUGUUGAAAGCCAUGUUCUUGGCAGAUACCCACUUGCUUGGGGAAGUGAGAGGCCACUGGCUGGACAAGUUACGAAGGGAAUGGCAGAUGGAGAGAGCCUUCCAGACGGCUUUGUGGUGGUUGCAGCCGGAAGUGGUCUUUAUUCUGGGUGAUGUAUUCGAUGAAGGGAAGUGGAGCUCGUCUCAGGCCUGGGAUGAUGAUGUGGAGCGGUUUCAGAAAAUUUUCAGACACCCACAGAAUGUGCAGCUGAAGGUGGUUGCUGGAAACCAUGACGUUGGUUUCCACUAUCAGAUGAGUACAUACAGAGUUAAACGAUUUGAGAAGGCUUUCAAGUCUGAAAAGCUGUUUUCUUGGAAAGGAAUUAAUUUUGUGAUGGUGAACAGUGUUGCUCUGGAGGGGGACGGCUGUAGCAUUUGCUCUGAAACAGAAGCUGAACUCAUCAAAAUUUCUCACAAACUGAAUUGUUCCCGAAAGCUGGUGCCUCCCUCCAGCCGCUGUGGAGCUGAACAGGCCCUCCCAUCCUCGGCACCAGUCCUGCUGCAGCAUUAUCCACUUUACCGCACAAGUGAUGCCAACUGCUCUGGGGAAGAUGCAGCUCCUCCAGAGGAGAGGAACAUCCCGUUCAAGGAAAAAUACGAUGUGCUUUCUCAGGAGGCGUCACACAAGCUCCUGUGGUGGCUCCAGCCCCGCCUGAUCCUCAGUGGCCAUACACACAGUGCCUGUGAAGUGACUCAUGGUGAUGGAGUGCCUGAAGUCAGCAUCCCGUCCUUCAGUUGGAGGAACAGAAACAACCCCAGUUUCAUUAUGGGUAGCAUAACCUCCACAGAUUAUUCCCUCUCAAAAUGCCACCUUCCACUGGAGGACACAGUCCUGGCCACCUACUGCGGAGCAGUGGUGGUCCUCCUGGCCCUCAUAUUGGCUCAUUUUGAGCUAUUAGCUUUGCCUUUGCUUUUUGGUUGGAACCUGCUUAGGAAGUAUAAAGUUAUGUAA